AUGAUCCUUCUAAGGAAUGCAACUGAUAAUGAUAUUGUUAAUAAUUUAAGAACAAGAUACAUUAAUAAUACUAUUUACAGCUAUAUUUCUGAUGUAUUAAUUAGUGUAAAUCCAUAUGAACCAAUUCAUGGAUUAUACAGCCACGAGCAAGUCGAUAUCUACAAGAAUAGAUAUUUCAAUGAGGUUCCUCCUCACUUGUAUGCUAUUGCCGAGAAGGCUUACAGAAACUUACAAAGAGAAAGUGGAAGUGGAAAGACUGAGGCAUGUAAAGAAAUAUUAAAAUACGUUUCCAUUGUGAGUGGAAAUGAUGAAGAUGUUCUCCGAGUGAAGAAUAUUAUUUCAGAGAGCAAUCCAUUGUUAGAAGCCUUUGGUAAUGCUAAAACAACUCGAAACGACAAUUCAUCAAGAUUUGGAAAAUAUUUUGAAAUCAUGUUUGAUAGUAUUGGAAAACCUUUAGGGGGUGAGAUUACUAUUUAUUUGUUGGAAAAGAGUAGAAUAUGUAAUGUACCAAAAGGAGAACGAAGCUUUCAUAUUUUCUAUCAAAUGAUAAGAGGAAUAGAUUCAAAGAUUAAGGAUGCCUUGGGAAUUUUAAAUAUUGAAGAGUAUUACUUUCUAAAUCAUUCAAAUUGUGAUUCAAUUUCUGGUGUGAACGAUGCCGAAAGAUUUCAAACAACAGUCAGAGCUAUGACUUCAAUGGGGAUAGACCAAGAAAAUCAGUUAAGAAUUUUCAAAUAUCUUUCUGCUAUCUUGUUAUUGGGUAAUUUACAAUUUUCUGAAAAUGGAACAUCAACAAAAGUUAUCAAUAGAAAGCAUCUUUUAAAAUGUGCCAGUUUGCUAAACAUUGAUGAAACUCUUCUUGAAGGAGCAAUGACAAAGAGAAUUAUAUACGCUGAAGGUCGUCCAAUAGAAACUCUUCACAAUUCUAUUCAAGCCAAGAAUACAAGAGAUGCUCUUGCUAAACUGAUUUAUGAAAGAGUUUUCCAUUUUGUUUUGAAAAAUGUAAAUAAUGCCAUGAAAUGCUCAGACUUUGAUUUGACUAUUGAUAUUUUGGACAUUUAUGGAUUUGAAGUGUUUGAAUCAAAUUCUUUUGAACAAUUAAUAAGCAACUAUGUGAAUGAAAAAUUGCAAAACAUAUUCUCAGAUAUGGUUAUAAAAUCAGAAAUUGAUGAAUAUGAGGAGGAGGGAGUUCCACACAGUACUGGAAACCAUGUCAGCAACAAACCUAUUUGUGAGUUAAUUGAUGGUAACAAUCCACCAGGGAUAAUGGCUUUAUUAGAUAGCAUUUGUGCAUACUCAAGUGCAGAAGAUUCCUAUGAGGCUGAUAAGAAGUUUUUGGAGGCCCUCUCAACGAUCAACAAUAAGAAUUUCUCUAAGAGAUCCAACAGCUUUAUUGUUGAACACUAUGCUGGUCCAGUUUCAUACAAUGGGUUUUCUUUUACAGAAAAGAAUAAGGAUUCAUUGUCGAGGGAUGUUAUCUCGUGUAUUCAAAGUACAAAUGAUAAUCUGCUGUAUAGGUUCUUCCCUGACAAUACAGACUCAAAGAAAAGACCACCAACUGCUUCUGCAAAGAUCAGAAAGAGCAUAGAUGAGUUGAUUCAAUCUAUCUCAAUAAGAGAAACUCAUUAUAUUAGAUGUAUAAAACCAAACGAGACAAAGCAACCAAGGCAAUUAGAUUUAAAGAAAGCACUUCACCAAGUUAAAUAUUUAGGAUUAUUGGAAAAUGUAAAGUUAAGAAGGAAUGGCUAUUGUUACCGAGACAGUUUUGCAGAAUUUUUCAACAAAUAUCGUGUUUUGUUUAGAAAUACUGUAGACUGGAGUGGAAGUAUUGAACAAGGAGCGCUUGCUAUUUUAUCUGAUUGUGACAUUCCUUCCACAGAGUAUUUCAUUGGAAAGUCAAAAAUCUUCCUGAAAUCACCUGCAUCUGUGGCUGUCUUAGAUGAAUUAAUGGAUAGAUAUUACCACAGCAAAGCUACAAUUAUUGCAAGAGCAUUUAGAAGAUACCAAUUCAAAAAAUACUUGCAAAGUUUGAAAGCCAAAGCAUUAGAUGUUUUGAGAGACAAGAAACAAAGAAGAAGAAAUUCGGUUUGUAGAGAGUAUCGAGGAGAUUAUUUGGACUUUUUUAAUAAUGCUCAAUUAUUAGAAAUCAUGCAACCUUACAAACAUGAAGGUGGAGUUUUCUUUGCUGAUCAUUUCAAAAGACCAAAGGCAAAACUCUUCAAAUCAGAACCAGCAAUGGCUAGAUUACAAGGAAUAAUUACUCAAAAAGCAAUCUACUUUAUAUCCAGAUCAAAAGUGAAGGAAAGAUUUUGUUUGUCCAUCUACAAGAGAAUCCCAUUUUCUCAAUUGGAUUGUGUAAUAUUAUCAAAUCUUCCAGAUAAUUGGAUGUGCAUUAAGAUUUUGGAUGAUUGUGCAAUUUUCUGUCAGAGUGAACAUAAGGUUGAAUUCUUGACAAUAUUGGACGACUUGUACAAAAAGGAAAUAGGUGGUGAUCUUCACAUAUUAUUUUCGAAUGAUUACGAAUAUGAAUACAAGAAAAAGAAGUUCAAAAAGGUUGAAUUCAUUACAGAUUAUACUAACAGACACCGUGAAUCUGUUAUUCAAUCAACAAAAACAUUCAAUUUCCAAAUUACUGUUUCCAAAGGUCUCUCCUACGAGCAAGUUUGUGAAAUUGCAAAGAAAUCAUUCUCCAAAUUAACUAGUUCUCAAAAAUCCCAUAACUCAUCAUUUGGAUUGGCUCUUGGAAGUUUGGGAAAUUGUCCUAAAUUACCAGUUGUUGUAGAGCCUAUUGCAAAUGCUCUUCCCCCACCUCUUCCUAAAACAAAGCCAAUUGUUAUUGACUCAGAUGAUCAAAUUAAGCUGCCUAUUAUUGAACAACCACCAACUAUUGUUGAAUCAAAUCAAAAUGAUGAUCCAAUUGAUGAAAAUCAACCAACAAGACUAUUAGUUCUGUACGACUACCAUGCUGCUCUUGAAGAUGAGCUCACUCUGAAAGAUGGAGAUGUUGUUAAUCUCAUAAAAAUGAAUUCUGACGGCUGGGGAUUGGGAGAGAUUGUUGAUCCUGGAGACAGAAAAAAGGUUGGAUUUUUCCCGCUUAAUUAUUGUGUUGAUGAAAACUCAUUUCUCAAUUUCUACUCAAAUUCAGAUACCUUGCAAUAA